AUGACGCAAGAAGACGUCAACACGGGGGGCAGCGACUCGGCGCUCGGCGCUCAAAAUGGCGUCGUAUACCUCCAUGGCAUUCAAUUCUGGAUGAUCUCAAGCGCGAUUGCAAUCAUGAUGUUUAUUGUAAACCUCGAAGUCCCAGUUGUCGUAACGGCUAUAGUGGCCAUCACGGACGACCUCGGCGGCUUCGAUAUCGCUAGCUGGGUGGUUUCCAGCUAUCUUCUCGGAUACGUAGCUGUCAUUGUGAUAUUCGCCAAAUCCAGCGAUGUUUUCGGCCGGAAGCUCCUCUUCCUGAUAUCAAUUGCUAUCUUCGUCCUGUUUUCUGCCGCUUGCAGCGCUGCGCAAACUACCGUCCAGCUUAUUGCCUUCCGCGCGUUGCAAGGUAUCGGUGGCGGCGGUUGUUUCUCUCUCUGCACUAUACUCAUCGUUGAGCUUGUCCCACCGGCGCAAUACACCGAAUACGUGUCGACCAUAUCAAUUGUGAACGCCCUAGCACUUCUUCUCGGCCCUAUUGUCGGCGGCGCCAUCGCCGCUGCAGUAAGCUGGAGAUGGAUCUUUAUCAUCAAUGUCCCAAUAGCAGCACCGGCAUUCAUCAUCGCAUCGCGUGCUAUUCCCAAAGAGUUUCCGUAUCACGGCCGAGCCGACCCGCAAGCCGACCCGCCCAUCCAGAAAGCCAGAGACCUAAUUAACAAGGCCACACUAAGCCGUAUCGACAUACCGGGGGCCAUUCUCAUCCUCCUCGCCACGGUGGCGCUGACGGCAGGUUUCCAAGAAGCCGAUUCACGAUUCCCAUGGGGGUCAGCGUACGUGAUUACGUUACUGGCGGGGUCGGGUCUCCUAUGGACGACCUUGAUCAUCUGGGAACGAUAUGUCACGCUUUCUAAUCGAGUGCGGGAGCCAAUCUUGCCGUGGACUUUCAUCACAAAUCGCCAAAUGCUGGGAAUCCUCCUUAAUUUCGUUCUCCUCGGUGGCCCCACGGUCAUCGCUAUGUUCCACAUCCCUCAGCGUUUUCAAUUGGUAUACGGCACCUCGGGUCUCGACGCCGGCGUUCGACUGAUACCCUUUACCGUAACAAUCCCAGCCGGGAUGAUAUUCUCCUCCACGAUUGCCGGGCGGCUGAAGGUCCCGCCGCUUUACCUCCUCCUUGCUGGAUCGUGCCUCCAAGUCAUCGGUUUCGCCUUGUUGGGGACCUUGCCUUUGUCUCUGGAGAUUCCGGGGCGCAUAUAUGGCUUCGAGUUCAUCGCCGGGUGGGGAUGUGGGAUGAACUUCGCCCUGCUAUUCGUCCUGAUCCCUUUCGUAAACGAGAAGCGCUAUCACGCUGUUGGUCUGGGGAACGGAGCCCAGUUCAGAUUUAUCGGCAGCGCCAUGGUCCUGGCCAUCUCGACUUCGGUAUUCAACGGCUACACCCGGCCCCAACUUCAGUCCUUCCUAGGCGUUACGGACGCGGGCGCUCUACUUCACGUAGGGGGUGCGCUAACAUCCUUGCCCCCCGAGAUUCAAGAGCAGGUCCGGCAGCUGCUGGCGGAGGGAUACAAUCACGCAGUCCUUGUCCUCUGCGUCUCGGCGGCGUUGCAGGUCCCUGCUUCACUUCUGAUGUGGCAAAGGGAACAGGUCCGCAUUUGAAUUGCAUAUUAGAACGAACAUUCAAGCUUGCUAUAAGUGAUAUUGGCGGUAGACGGGUAGACUGUCGUUCCUAGCGUCUUGAAAAAAACAAAUCGUAUUCUUAGGGAGAGGGGUGAGUGUGUGGGUAUAUAGGACGAUACCUAGGUACAAACCAGCCUCGAAACUGGAAUGGCAUGAAACCGAACGAUGCGGUAGUAACAAUAUAGGCAUGCUCUUCUAGGAGCCCUCGAAAGAUACAUGUAAGUUAGACAAUUCAAAAUUGAGAUAACAUCUAUUUAUGAUUGAGUUGAAAGCAACUGCAGCUUACUCUAGGUAAUUUAGGUA